AUGGAAAAGCUCGUGGGUUAUCGGUUCUUGAUUCAUAGGGCCCAUGGGGCACUCGGUACUGCUAAUGGACACCAUCUAGAUGGUUUCGAUGCUUCAAUGCCGCUUGUGGACCCUGAGGAUCUAACUUGCCUUCCAAGUUCCAUUCCCCAUUCCACCCGUUCACUGACCUCCAGCCGCAGCCAAAUACACACACAGAGAGAAAACCGUGAGGCCGUGUCGCCUGCUGCCUGCACUCCGUCUCCAACCGGCAAGGCGGCAACUCCACUCAACGGUCUCAACCUCUUCAGUGAAGUCGGAGUUGAACCAGAGAUAAUUUCUGGGAAAAGCUUGGAAGGCAAAGAGCGUUUGCUCUACGAAAAGAAGCGGAAAAUCAGAGAAGCUUUGGAAGAGGGUAAACCGAUUCCUACUGAGCUCAGGAAUGAAGAGGCAGCCCUUCGACAAGAAAUUGACCUUGAAGAUGAAAACACAGCUGUUCCUCGACCAACAAUUGAUGAUGAAUAUGCAAAUGCGGCUGAUAGAGAUCCUAAGAUUUUGCUUACCACAUCGCGCAAUCCCAGUGCCCCUCUUACACAGUUCGUAAAGGAAUUGAAGUUUGUCUUUCCCAAUGCACAACGAAUGAAUCGUGGUGCUCAGGAGUUGAAAGAUCUGGUGGAGGAUGUCUUCAGGUAUACAUAUGGGGAUGGUGGAGAGGCAAUCAGCGAUGGCUGUAACACAGCAACAUCUGGUGUCAGGCAUCAUAUCUAUGAGAAACGUGGAGGUCCUAAAUCAAUAGAACUAAAAGAGAUUGGUCCUCGAUUUGAAAUGCGGCUUUACCAGCUCAAACUAGGAACAGUGGAUCAAGAUGAAGCUCAAAAUGAAUGGGUCAUCAGGCCAUACAUGAACACAGCCAAAAAACGGAUGUUUCUUGGAGAUUGA